AUGUACUUUCCGUCUGGUGACAAAGCCCAUGCCCAAAUAUCAUCUAGCAGUCCUACUCUCGUCCCUGGAAGACAUUCAACCUCAUCCCCGGUCGCAUACGAGUCGAACUCUGCUCCAAUAACCACUGGUAGUUUAUCCAAAGGGUCUGCGCUUGAUCAGCUAAGUCCGCUGACAAGUAUUAUCACCUUGGAAGUUUAUCUCAUUCGGCAUCGCCAUGGCGGUGAAAUAUCAAGAGUUGGAACUGAAGAGUACUCCGUGAGCGGGGUAUGCGGCGGCGCGUGA